AUGGCCAGAGGACCCACCUCCCUGAGCCCGCCCCGCCCACCGGGAACCGCCUCCUGGCCCCGCCCCCGAGCCCAGGGACCGCCCUGGAAGCCCCUCCCCCAGCGUCGAGGACACUCCUUCGGCCCUGCCCUCACGCGCCGAGGGCUCUUCCCUUGGCCCCGCCCACAUGCCUCGAGGGCCCCACCUCCCGACGCUGGCCCCGUCCCGUCCUUAGAGGAUCUCCGCCCCUUAGCCCCGCCCCUACGCUCUGAGGGCCCGCCCCUCGACCCGCCCCCACAGACCACGCCCCCACAAGCCACGCCCCAGCAGAGGACCCGCCCUUGGCCACGCCCUCCCCAGGCGCCGCCGAAGACCCGCCUUCCGGCCGGCCCCAGUAUCCCGGAGCCGCUGAGGCUCGGGCGCGGCGCUUCUUCCGCGGUGCCGGCGGACUCGCUCGACCCGUGGCGUCCAGGCCGGCUCCUCCGCGCCUCUCCCGUGGGCGCGCCUUCCGCGGAAGAAGCCGCCGCCGCCGGUAAGUGGGCCGCGCGCUCGUCUGCUAGACGGAAGCCGAGGGAGCCGGGCGGCGUCUCCUCCCGCGGGCCCGCGAGCGGCGGUGGCGUCCUCGCCGGGUGCCCAGGGGUUCGGGCGGCGCCUCGGGGGCGCGCCCGGGCUGCAUGCAGGUGGCUCUGUGGAGCGCGCACUGCAGCAGCGCAGGGACAGCCCGAACGAGCCCCGCCAGUGGGCGUGGGGGCGCCGGCCCGGGACCCCUCGACCCCACCCCCAGAGGCCGCCCGCCAGCCUGAGCCGGGCCCCCACCCCCACCCCCAGGUCUCCCCGGCUCCCGGCGGCGAAGGCGGGCAGGCCCGGCACGCGCGCGCGGCCUUCUCGUCCGGCAGGUGGAGGUCAGGUGGGUCACGGCCCGCCAGCUGGUCGGCGGAUGCUGGAGCCGCGCGCGCCUUUGUUUUUGCUCCCGGUCCUGUUCGGGAAGCUGGGCUAAGAAUUGAGACCUUUUGUGAGAUGAAGGUUGUCCCCGUGGAGGAAAGACCACCCCCACCACCACCCCAAGUCUUCCAGACUGUCCUCUGGAGAAGGGAAUCUGAGCCGCAGUGCGCGCUCGGCCCGCCCGGCCCCUGCAUCGUCUUGCAGUCUCGCCGCCGGCUGCUGACGCCCUGA